CAUUUUACGGUUGAUUGUUUGAUUAUAUGUUUGAAUUUUUUUCUUGUUUCUUGAAUGGUUAUUAGUUAACUCUUAAACAAAUUAAAAAUUAGACGAGAUGCGUUGCUUUUUGUAGUUCAACGUAUUUUAAGAAUGUCUUCAUCCAGUAAUUUAUCACAAUCUGCAUAUUCACCAUCAGACCCUGAAACUCCUCAAAGUACCAGAAUACAAAAUUUUGACCAGUCUUUGAGUCAUGGAAACCUGGGUCACAGUAUAGAACAAUCAUUAAAAAGUGCACAAAAAGAAAUUCAUCAAAAAAGAAUACAAUCAUUGAGAAAAGAGCUAGAAUACCUUAAAGCAACCGAGUGGAAAUUUGAGUGUGAUAAAGGUUUAUCUCAAUAAAUAAUAGAAAGGAUUUUAUGUCCAAAAGUAAAAUAAAAAGACAAUAUGUGGUCUUACCUAUCCCCAAUUUUCAACUAUUUCUUUAGUAAAGCAGAUGAUGAUGAGGAAGACAACAGGGAGCAAUUUUUGGUGGAUGAGUUACUAGAUUUGCAAUGUCAGACAGAAAAAGAAGAAUAUCUUGAAAAUCUUGAAACUGUAGUGGAAAUACCUAAAAAUGCUGUGUGCUUCCAAAAAACAGGAAUCAUCACAGACUGUGGUGAUAAUUAUGUUCUUAUUGAUGGAAUGACAUAUUUUGAUGUCUCAUCAUGCCCAUACACUUUAAAUGUCAAUGAUAAAGUGUUAUACCUCUGUUACAAGGAUACAAAUGAAAAAUUAGUUGUUAUAAGAAUUCUGGAAAAUCAGGGUAUAUGUUGGGAUGAUGAAGAUACAUCGGAAGAGCAAAAAUUUGAUAUCAUAAACCAUGUACUUGUGGGACAAGUGCAAUAUAGGCAAGACCGUCUUGUGUAUAUUGAUGGUGGAGAUUUAGUAUUUAACUUGGAUGAUGUGGAAGGAACUUUUAUUCCAAUUCAAGGAGAUUGGUUGGAGAUGCAGUGUAAAGUACAAAAGAAUGAGGAUAAACCAACAGAUAUUCAUAUGAAACAGGUAUUAGAAGUAGUAUCUUUUAAGCCAGUUCGAACUAAAAUAAAAUCAGCAAUAGUCACAGAAUGGACGGGAAGUUAUGGAACCCUGGAUAGACAAAUAUACUUCAAUAAUAGUACUCUCAUUGAUGGGGUCAUACCUCAAGUGGGAGACAAAGUUAUGGUAGAAGCCAUUGAAAGUACUCAAGGGAAAAAUGCUUGGCGAUCUAUCAAAAUGGUCACUAUUGAAAGUUGCAAUAAACCAACAAUUGAGCCACAGCAAAGUGAUGAAAUACCUGAAAGUCUUAAAGUAGAACAAGAAAAGAAUAUUACAAUGACCUAUCCUAUUAAAUUUGAUAAGGUAGACAUAAAUGAAACAGAGAAAUUUGUUUUAAAUAUAACAAAUAACAGCAGUAAUACAUACAUUCUUAAUAAAUGGAUUAUACUCAGUAAGAAAAGGGACUCACAAGUUAAUAUUAAACCCUUUAUAAGCCAACCAAAAUCAUUACACCCUUCAGAUUCUAUAAAAUUAACUGUUACAUGUCAACCAAAGUUUUUAGGUGAAACUAAAGAAUGUUUAGUGUUCCUCUUUAAAGGUUUUCAAUUAAAGAGAUUCAUUGAAAUAAAUGUAGUUGAUAAAUUAUAUCCUCUGAAUGAUGAUCAGGGACUGGAAAUGUCCGGGAAUUGUAAGAAUACACAAAUGUUGGAAAGAAUGAGAAUGGUGAGAAACAAUAAUGAGUCUUACAUUCCAGGAGUAAAGAAUUGUAAAGCUCCCCAUUUUGUAGUUGCUAAGAUUGGCAAUUAUCCCAUUCCAAACAAAAUAUGGUCCGUUGUUCUUGGAGAUUCAGAACAAACUAUAUAUUCAAAUGAUUAUGAUAAAAUCAUAACAAGAAUUCAAACUCAUUUACCUUGCUUGGUUCAAGAUUUAAAUAUCCACAACUAUACUGAUAAAUGGCAUACAUUACUAUUUAUGGAAGAAAUUCAAGCUAAUAUAAAUGUUAGGGUAUAUGACACUCCAAAGGCUUUUUUAAUACGAAAUGGUGAAUAUUUAGCACUUGAGGUAACUGGAUUGUGUGAAAGAAGACCAUCUUUGAUUGUUGGUGACAAAGUUAUUGUUAAAGAUACUUGGGACCCAAAUCAAAAACAAUAUGAAGGAUUCAUCCAUAUGGUAAAAGGUGACUUAGUAUUGUUUAAAUUUGAUAACAGAUUUCAUGAGACAUAUGAUGGAGGUGAUGUUUCUGUUGCAUUUCAUUUAAAUAGAACUGUCUAUAGAAGAGCUCAUCAAGCAAUUAAUACUGUUUUAUCAAAUCUGGGCCCUGAUGUUUUAUUUCCGUCAAAAAUUGUUCAGAAACCUGAACAAGUAAGUAGUGAAAAGCUUCAGAAUAUUCAGUGGUAUAAUAAAAAAUUAAACAAUGGCCAGAAAAAUACUAUUCUCAACAUCCUUAAAGGCGAAAGUCGUCCAUUACCAUAUGUCAUAUUUGGACCUCCAGGAACUGGGAAGACAGUGACAGUUGUAGAAACAAUCUUGCAAAUUUUGACUAACAUUCCCGAAAGUAGAAUUUUAGUUGCAACACCAUCAAAUAGUGCAUCUAACUUGAUUACUGAAAGGCUCAUUCAAUAUAGACAUGUUUUCUCAAGUUCUAUUGUGCGCCUUAUAGCAAGCUAUUUAGUGGAUUCUGAAAACAUACCAGAUGAAAUUAAACCAUACUGUGCAACACUGGAUAUAGCUAGAGAAGGUACCUCUAUGUCUAAGCAUAUGGUAAAAGAUGGCAUGAAUUUAAACUGCCAGAAAUCUUUUAUAGGAAGACACAGAGUUACAAUAGCUACAUGUAAUUGUGUAGGUAGUCUGUAUUAUAUGGGCUUUCCCAAAGGACAUUUUUCCCAUAUUAUUAUUGAUGAAGCAGGUCAAGCCAAUGAACCAGAAAUAAUGAUACCUAUGAGCUUUACUGAUAAAGAAAAUGGUCAAAUUGUACUUGCUGGUGACCCAAUGCAACUGGGACCUGUGGUUAUGUCCAAAUAUUGUAAGGAAUUUGGGAUGGAUGUAUCAUAUUUGUGUAGGCUUCUUGAAACAUAUCCAUAUCAAAAAGACUUUGAUUCCUACAAAGAUGGUUUUGAUGCUAGAUUAGUGACAAGAUUGAGUGAAAAUUAUAGGUCAUUAGAAGAAGUCUUGUCUCUUCCAAGUAAAAUGUUUUAUGAUGACUCUCUUGUAACGAAAUUUGAUAAGGAUGCUCCCUGGAUACCUAGAAUCAUAGAUGCAACUUCUGAUAUUUUCAAUAUAACAGAAGACAAAACUGGAGGAAUAUUUGUUUAUGGUAUCAAGGGUCAGAAUGCAAGAGCAGAAGAUAGUCCUUCUUGGUAUAAUCCCCAAGAGGCAUCCAUGGUUGCUCUGACAACAUGCAAACUAUAUAAAAAUAAUGUGACACCAGAGGAAAUUGGUAUCAUUACACCUUAUAUUGCUCAGAUUAAAUACUUAAGACUUGUUUUUGAUGCCAUGGGUCUUCCGCAACCAAAAAUUGGUACAGUUGAGGAAUUUCAAGGACAAGAAAGACCAAUUAUCCUUAUCAGUACAGUAAGAUCUGCAGAAUCUCUCAUAAAAGAUGAUGUUAAACAUGUGCUGGGAUUCAUACAAAAUCCGAAAAGAGUUAAUGUAGCUAUAACAAGAGCCCAAAUAUCACUGAUCUUAUUUUGUAAUCCAAUCCUACUUUGUACAGAUCCACUAUGGAAUGCUGUAAUAACUCAUGCUGUGAAAAAUAAUAAGUACAUGGGAUGCUAUUUACCAUUUCAGUUAUAGCUAAGAUAAAUUUAUUUUAUAUGUACCUAAUAAAAAAAAAACUUAU